AUGACUCACGUCUUUGCUCGACAUACCAUCCCCCUCGAGUGUGACGUUUACACCGCAGAUGACUACCCGACCGCCUCUCCCGUAUUCCUGUACUUCCAUUCGGGGGGCCUCGUGGCUGGUUCCAGGUCUUGUGUUCCACCAUGGCUUGUACAGGUCUGCUUCAAGAACAAAUGGCCUUUGAUUAGUGCCAGUUAUCGCCUGCUUCCACAAGCCAGGGCCACGGGUCUGCUCCAAGAUGCCCGGGCGGCUUACUCCUUUGCGAGGCAGUGGGCGACGUUCGAGAAGCCCUUCGCUGGACGCAGGGUGAUUGUCGGCGGUGGAAGCGCUGGUUUCUUCAUGGCGUCUCUGACGGCACAUCAUCUCACGCCGCCUCCAAUCGCACUGCUAUCAGUCACUGGCAUCACCACCUUCCAGCAUCCCUUCUUCGAGUCCUCCGUCUUGCUCACCCCUGAGCCCAUCACCAAAGUCCAGAUGACCCGGUAUCUGUCCGAGCCGGUAUCUGUAGGAACGAAAUCGGGCUGCGACCCGCAGGUUUUUCGUCUUGACAAACUUCUGCCCACUGGCGCCAAGAACGCCGAGUUCAGCAUCCAGCCUGUGCCCCUCUCUGAUACUGGAAGUCUCGAUGCAUUUGCCCGCGGGUCUCUGUACAGCUACUACUUGUACAAAAACGAGUUUCCGAAUCUCGUCGGUGACGUCGACCCCGGCUACGAAUGGGCAAAGUCGGAAUCGGAAAGUGCCAGAGCUGCGGCUUGGCCGCCCACAACAAUCAUACAGGGCGAUGCAGACGACCACGUUGAUCUCUCUGUGAGCACUCACAUGGUCGACUGUCUCGGCAAGAGCAAGGUCAAACUUUUCCUAGCAAAGGGCCAACCACACCGUUAUGAAGCGACAAGGUUUCUCGAAGACGACGUCGAGGGAAUGGAUGCUGUGAGGCAGGCCGUCUCCAACCUAGAGAGUGACGUUUCUCGGACAAAUUGA